AUGCCCUCUGUGGUCCAGGCCUGGCCCCUGGCCUGCCUCCCUGUGGGGGCCCUGAUGGAGACCCCUUGCUUGUCGACCUUAAUGACUGCCUUGGAUGGACCUGAAGCGCUGCUUACCCAGAAGGUUUCUCCCGGGUCCUUCCAGGUGCUCGUAGAAGUGGGGUCCCAGCAGGCCAAGAGUCAGAGAGAAGCGGUGCAGGAUGGGCCAAGGACAAGGGCUCGGCAGCCCUUGAAGGUGGUUCUAGACCUGGUCUUCGAGGGUAAAACCCUGGACAGACUCCUCCCCUGCCUGUCUGAAAAUCUUGUGGCCGAAUUCACCUCUCAGUUCCACACGCUGCACCACCUUCAAGAGCUGUACAUGGACUCUGUCCCCUUCCUCGAAGGCCACCUGGCUCAGGUGCCUGAGCGCCCCCUGGAGGCUCUGUCCAUAACCAGCUGCAUCCUAUCAGAAGCAGAUCUCAUGAAUUUGUCCCUGUGCCCGAACAUCUUUGAGCUGAGACACCUGUACCUGAGCCGCGUCCCGCUGACCAGCCUCCGUCCCGAGUCCCUCCGAGUGCUGCUGGAGAACGUGGCGGCCACCCUCAAGACCCUGGACUUGCUGGACUGUGAGAUCACCGACGCCCAGCUCAAUGCCCUCCUGCCUGCCCUGAGCCACUGCUCCCAGCUCGCCAAGCUCAGCUGCCUGGGGGAUGACCUCUCCAUGGCUGUGCUGGAGAACCUGCUGCGCCACACCACACAGUUGGACACGUUGCCCCCGGAGCUUUAUCCAUCCCUCCAGAGAUGCACGGCGCCCUGA